GUACGAAAGAAAAUGCCAAAUUCGAGUGGCGUACGUCUGAAAUAUUGACCAUAGUAAGCACCGUGUGUUAGGACUUGGAUUUUUUACAAGUAGCGAAUUUGAGUUGGUUUCCAGCUUGAUAAACGUUGGAGAGUAUGUCUUCUAUUGCAAGAAGUAGCACAGGUGUACAAUAUGCUGGUUAUUUACGAAGUUGGGAUGGGGGAGUUACGAAGAAAUACUGGUGUGUGAUACGGGAUGGCCACUUCCUUGUUUACCCAAGUCAUACCAACGAACCAAUAGAAACUGACGAAGGAACGUUUGGUGUUGAAGACCGGCCUGUAUAUAAGUUUCCAAUUCAAGAUCUCAUAAUAUCUGCAUCCGUUACACAAAUAGGCAAUAAUGGGCAACAAGACUGCGUGCUCGAACUCAGCAGCUCCAGAAGUGACGAGAAAAUCAACCUACACACUACCCACGUGUUGGCGCUACAGCGCUGGGUGGAUGCGGUCAAAAAAGCGAGUUACCAAGGGAUUGACGCAUCUUUUGACUCACCGGCGGGCCAACCUUUACCACCGGCUCUCGAUUUUAAUAAUUCCUACCCUGGCGCAAACCUACACGGUCUUGGGCCAAGUCACCAUCUGCAACAAUUCAGGAAACCGAUUAAAAGCAACAUACAGAGAACAGAUGUAUCCGAGAAAGCAAUAGCGGAAAGCAGUUGGCCAGAGGUUAACGCCAACUACAAGUAUUCCAAUCCUUUAAACACAUCGCUACUUUUUAGCAAGUUAUCCAGUAAAGAGGCUGCAAAAUAUAUCAGAUCUUCAAGUUGGAACCAACCGCGAGAUGGCGUCAACACUCCACAAUCUUCAUCAGGUAUUUCCACCCCAGCUUCAAUAAGAAGCAGCGCUUAUAAAGAUUCAGCUGAUGAGUCUUCCGUUUCAUCGUCUGUGGCAUCUUCUCCAGUAGUGACCAAACCCCAAAGAGACAUAUUUAACUCUGAUUCACGAAGAAUAUUUCCGAAACAUGAGAACCAGGGAUCUUCCGCCGUGUCUUCACUUGGUAAGAAAAACAAGCCAAGAUCACCGAUGUUUUACACCGGUGAAAAAGACAUCAGUGCAUUAAAAUCUACUCCGGGUAUGAGGCAUGUUAAGAAACGAAGUAAUGCAACAACAUUGAAGCGUCACACAGUUUCAUCUAUUCCUGGUUUUGCUGACAGCUCCUUGUCGACAAACUCAAAGGAGAAGAUCUUGGCAUCGAAUGACGUCAUUCUUCCGGUAGAGGCAGUACCCGGACCAACACGUCAUACGAUAGCACCGAUAUCCCAUCUCGAUCAACAAAUACAAAUCCGUAGUAAAGUACAUCGACAACGUACCCACUCACCGGUUAUAGAAACCACCAACGACGAGCAGUUAGACAGCGACAGUUCCCUAGAAUCCCCGGAAGAGACCGCAAGCUUAGACGGCGAAAGAUUGCCACCAGACGAAGACAUACGAUCGAGUGUGCCAACGGCUCAAACCACAAGCAACCUUCCACCGCAUACGGAACAGCGAAAUAGUUCCACACACGUCAAAAUUACAACAAGUGAAUUAGAAACGACUCCUACUGUUGAAAACGUAGCAUUUGAAGGUAUUCCCAGUCCCGUGCACAAAUUGAAACGACGUCUUUUGGAAAACAGCAGAGCGCCCGGUGACUCCGAAUCGAAAUCUACUGCAAACGGAGACUUCGGAAUAUCUCGGAACCGAUCGGGAAGUUUCGGAUCCCGACUCCUCCGAAGAGCGAAGAGUGCAGUUGGGAAGAGAAACAAGUCGUUUGAAUCGGAGGACAAGAAUACAUCUUCAAUGAAGAGUCCAAACUCCGAUCCUUUACCGGCGUGUGAGAAUAACACAAGUGAUGUUGAGAAAAACGUCAAUAACCGCGCUUCGGUAAACGGCACUCGGGUGUCGAAACCACGCAUUCUUAUGGAAGGGCCGCUGUAUAGAACUAAAAUCAUGAAGUGGCAGAAGUAUUGGGCUGUGUUAGACAGCAACAAAACACUGUCGUUUUACAAAAACGAGGAACAACUGCACUCGUCCGACCCCGCGACCCACACUGUUGCGUUAGCGUCUGGUUGCGAAGUGAUCAAUAUUUCUCAAGCGAAAAACAACAACAUAUUUACGCUGUUGCCUCUGCAAAGCAAAACCCACGUAGUCGAUCAAGGAAAAUCGAUUGAUGCGCCAGUUGCGAGCAAACCUGUUCAGCUGAUGUGCAAAUCCACCCAGGAGUUUGUGCACUGGAUGAAAGCAUUCGUGCAAGUGAACACAACCACCACACAUUCUUUAGCUGAAAACAGAUCACUCGUUAAAUUAAAGGCAAGGAACUUUACAAAAACUAUAGAAAAUGACACAUCUUCGGAUAGCGAACUUCUUGGUGCCCCCAAACCACAUGCGUUGACAUUAAACUCAAAAUCACAGUCAGCCAUUCAGGCUUCUAUCCCACUGCGUGUGAAUGAAAGCGAACUGUUUAAAUUUAACACCAAUCACAAAAACGCCUCGGAUUUUGGCUUAGGAGAGCACAAGGCUGCGAAUAUUGACGGCAAACAUGAAGUCAAGUGCGAAGUGGUUCGAAGUAAUCCAGUUCCCGAGAUCGAAUCACGAACUACGUCAAAGGACGUUGUUGGAUCAGGAAGCUUUGAUCGUGAAGAGCUACAUUUAGAAUACAUUGAUGCCGACGAUGUGGGAUGUGGUGUGAUUUCAACAAGUGGAGAAGUUGAUACAUUCCACACACCUGAGCCGGCUACAUACGAAGGGGAUUGUGAAUUACUUCAAAGGGAAAUGAAUACAACAGUAUUUUCAUCACACCUGUUAAAAGAUACUUUACAAGUGAAAGCGGAUGUAAAAGCUUCCGAUGUUUGUAAAAAGAAACGUUUAGGCAACCGGUUGUUAUUGGCAGAUACAAACAAGACAACUUCCACCUGCCGCAUAGAUGCCUCUGAACUUGCCGGUAGUUCAAACAGUCCAACUAUUGAUGGCGGUCCUGAAAGCUCAAGCCAUGCAUCGAACAAUGGACUCGCGCAGGAACAAUGGGCUUGCGCUGGCAUCAAGACGCUCGAGGUGCAACCGCGCGAAAUAUCGGCAAAUACAAACAAGUCUCUAUCAGGAUUCGAAGCGUGCCGCUCUAGAACCGAAGCUACUGAUAGCGCGUCGCUUGCAGUACCACGCAGAGGGGGAGUCGAGCCGCUCAAGCUUAUCUCCCGCCGAGUUGGAGAAAGCGACGAAGGCUGCAGUGGACAAACAAUCGCAGUCGGCGGCCGCUCAAGUAACGAUAAGAGAAUUCUCUCACAUCGCCUGCCUUCUUCUCUCGCGUCGUCUGUACAAAAACCACUGCCCAGCCGCCUGAACAGCAUCUUCCCUUCUAGUUCCAGUGGAAGCAGUUCGGACCAACAAUGGUCUCGCACCAUUGAAGCAUGCAAUAGCGUCAGCGACGUUAAGCUGUUCGAGGAUCUUAGUUCAUCCGCAGACGACUGUAGCGAGAAAUCAUUUAACAAAGAAUGCAGUUCCGGCGUCCAAAGCCCUAAAUCGCAAACUGCGUAUAUAACAGUCAAGAAUAAUUUAGAUAGCAACAUUCCAGCAACAGGCGUUCAUACCCAAGACAUAAAUAAAGAAACAAAGUUUCAAUCGUUCGGUAUUGCUUCUUCAGAUAUAUCUGUGUUACAAAAAUUGACUGUUACUUCUGAUAAGUUCGAGCCAGCAUUUUUAAAUCUACGCCGAUCGAAAUCAGAAGGGAAUAUACUUGAACCGACAUCUCUCAACCCAAGAUACAGAAUGCGAACCAUUAAGUCCGCUUUACCCGAGCUUACUCGGAUUGACUUCAUUGAGAUUUACGGGAUUUCUCCAAGCAAAGGCAACCGCAGUGCCACAAGCAGCACAAAGGACCAUUCACAAUCCCUCAGCGACCACGACAGCGAAUCGGAUUAUCUUGCCCGUUCAUCGGUCAGUGGCAUUAGUGGCAACAAGGACAUUUCUGACGAUGGUUACAGAAGCAGUGGUAACACCAAUGAUAAUGUUGCGCCUUCUAAACAGAGCAAAGAAUCUUCAGUUAGCGAGGAAUCUACGAAAGAAGAAAAGCGAUCUUCGAACUGGUUCAGCACCUUCCGCCGUAGCAUCAAAAGUAACGAUGACGAAAAAUCUAAAAUCGGCAAAGCGGCCACUGUGUUGAAGAUACCAGCGAGCCGACUCUCAUCAGCCAGCCAUCGCGGCUACGUUGACCGUAGAAACAAAAAGAAACAGUGGGAGAGGUUCUGGUGCGUGCUUCAAGACUCCUGCCUUUACUGCUACAACUCACCCCAAUCAGAUGUCACCCGUGACGUAGUCUUGCUCCGUGGUUAUGACGUCAUUGCCGACGUCACAAAUAUGAAUCGAUCCCGUUUUGUUUUCCGACUUGAGCAGCAGGGCGCCCAGACAUUGUAUUUCGGUUCCGACAAUCAUGAAGAAUUUCUCUUGUGGGUUGGUACUCUUGAGAAAGACACACGAUGCGUGACAACUCCAAACAGCAGAAUGGAAACGGAAAACCGAACCGCUUCCACAUCCCCUACACAUUCUGACGUUACUCCAGUGGAAUCUUACAACAGUCGAUCAAGUUAUAAGAGAACUGCUUCGAAAGACGAGCUCGAACAAGAGCUGGUUGAAAUGCAGAAACAUAAACUUCUUAAAGAAAUCGUCGCCCAGCAACAACAACUUAUCGAGGAACAUCGACUUCUGGAAGGAAAAGUUUCCGAAAAUUCCUCUGUCAACGAAAUGUCACUUCCCCGACGUACGUCACGACGCAAUGACGUCAUCGAUAAGUUUGAGCGUGUUCGAAGCGAGGAAGAAACAAAGAUGACGAAGUUUAUGACUCUGCUCAACCGACGUCGCAAUUCUGCACAACUCAAAGUCGACCAGUUGUCCCGGGAAAUCGCACCAAAAUCUGGCAAAAAACGACGACAAAACCACCAAAACUUCGCCGCAUACGAAGCAAAACUUAACGAAAUGAAGCAACGACUCGCAGAAAUCGACGAAGAGAUCCAUGAACAGCAAGCCCAGAAACAAAGCGUGAUGGAAAAGUUACAAGAACGUCAGGACCUUGAGCUUCUUGUCGCUGAACAGCAAGAAAGCCUCGCUAUCAUGCGACGACACCAGAACGACGAAUUCCCCUUUACCGUCCAACGUCGCCGAAAAGCACCUCGUGAAGCUCUUACCUCGAUUGAAGAACUAUCUAGCAUUUCAGAUUGCUGUUCCUCCUCUUCUGACUCGAUGAACGAGGCUCCUGCCCGUCUCCCACACGCAAUGUCCACUCCCCGAUGCAAACGUACAAAGCAGUCAGUCUCCUUCGAUUCAGUCCCUUCAGAAGAAUUCUACCAAUGUGAAGAUGAUGCAGAACCAAUGAGUGCCAGCAGUCUUGAUGGCGUCAUAGCUUCGUCAUCAAUGUCGUCAUCAGUGUCAUCCCUUACCGUGUCCCGGGAUUCACUGAACGCCAACAAUCCUUUGGAGUCGAAAAAAUCCGAAGAAAUUGACCCGUCAGUAAUGGCAGGCAUUGAGAUGUUUGAAGAAUUCACCAAAUUGAAAUUGGGCAAGCAGCGAGAAUAAAAUCUGCAUUUCUCCCGAAUUCUUCCCAACCUAUUAUUAUUAUUGCGCUUGUGUUCUGCCUUCUUAUGCUUGUUCCUACGUUCAACGUGCUUCUUUUUAAGCCGCUUGCAGUUAUUUCUCGUUUCUAUUACUGUUUCAUAUACUUACUACCGUUUUAGAAAUACAUGGUUGAUUUAUAACUUGAGAA